AUGGCGGCGCAUGCCCCGCCUCGUGUCGCCAUGGCAACGCAGCGGGCCUGGGCGGGGCCUGGGGGUCCCCACGGCUAUGGCUCAGUGGCCCCCCUCUCGGCAACCGGCAAAGCCUUCUGCAUGGCCUACGCCGUGGUGGGCGUCCCCAUCACCAUGUUGACGCUGACGGCAGCCGUCCGACGGUUGACAGUGCCCUUGGUCCACCGUCCCCGGUUGUACCUACAGGUGCGAUGGGGCUACAGCCGGCGUGGGGCCGCCCACAUCCACUUCGUCUUCUUGGUGGGCAUCACCUCGGGGGUCUUGGUGCUUCUCCCCGCCACCGGGUUCUACGUCCUUGAAGGUACUUGGACCUACUUGGACGCCGUCUACUUCUGCAUGAUCUCUCUUUGCACCAUUGGGUUGGGGGAUCUCGUGCCGGCCGAGCAACCGGGUCAACCGUUGAGGCAACUCUACCAAGUAGCCGUAGCCGCGUAUCUGCUGCUGGGGUUGACGGGUGUCCUGCUGUUGGCGCAGACCUUCCAUCGGUUGGCCGAGCUCCACGGCAUCACCGGCAUCGCUGGCGGCAUCUCAGCACCGGAUGAAGCCGCCGAGUUAUUGGAGGGGACAAGGGAUGAGGAGAAACCAGCCGGGGGGGACCGAGGUGGGGGGGGAUCCAUCAAUGGGUAG